AUGUCCGACGCAGCAACGAGAGCAGCCGAGACUCUCCGCUCAAAGCAGAAGCCCCUGAAAGACAAAUACCGAUCCGACCCUUCCUCCGCUCUCGUGACCUUGUCUUCCAGCGGCAGUCUUGACCCUACCUCAUCCAGCCUCACAUGUUCUCUCUCGUCGAGCACGGCGGCACGGAAAGUGGCUGGUCUACAUCGGGCUGCCGGUGGAGAAGGGUUCGAUGCCUCUGGUGAAUUGUGCUCGGGGGAUAUGUUACUGGAAUCGUUGGUGGCUUGCUUUGGGGUCACCGUUCGCGCAGUGGCCACGAGUCUCGGGAUUCCGAUCAACAAUGGAACAAUCACAGCAGAAGGAGAUCUCGACUUUCGCGGGACAAUGGGUAUCAAAGAUCCUGAGGGCAACCCUGUCCCGGUCGGAUUCACCAAGAUCAGACUAAUUGUGCGGCUCGAUGUCGACGAAGAGCACAAGUCAAAGGUGAACAAGCUGGUCGAGCUGAGUGAGAGGUACUGCGUGGUUCUGCAAACGAUAAAAGGAGGCGUCAAUGUCGAAACCCAACUCGGACACGUCGGCAACGUGGUUCCCGAUGCACGGAAGGAUGCAGAUGAAGCUGUCAAUCAAGGCAAGGGAGAGGGCAUGUCGGACAUUCCACCCAAUGAAAGCGUCCUCAAGGUGAAUUGA